AUGGCGGCCAAUGGCUUCCGCGCGUUCGUCAGUGUCAUUGCUCUUGUCCUCGUCGCGGCUCCGCUUUCCUGCGCGUUGCAAGAUGACCCAUCAGAAUCUUCCAUCGAACGGCGAAUUUUGGGAAACGGGAAGCCUCCGCGGUCUCCGCUUAAAUACACAGAUCGCGAGUGCAUCGCGAAACUGAACAAGGCCGGGAAGCUGGUCCAAGAAGGUGCCGUGUUCGUGAAAUCCGUCAAUCCCAAGGACCCCCUGCCGUCCUACUUCCCGCGCCUCGUCGCCGCCGUGCAAUCGCUGCGCAACGGCGCGUUGCUGCUCAAGAGCGAGCAGCGCUCAUUGGUUCUCGUGCAGAUCUCCAACGGCAUGAACAACAUCAACACCGCUCUCGCGUUCCUCAGGCCCCCGCCGGGGUCCAAGGCGAAAAUGACGGAGAGGCAGGCGACCGCGAUUGAUUAUCUUGGAGGCGCGCUCCGGGUGGCUGAUCUUGCCCGGCAGUCGUUUGUGGGGAACAAGAAGAACCAACCUGGUGGCGCCGCUUGA